UAACGUGAACGUGAGAACAGUUAACAGUGCUACCUUCACAUUUCUCUGGUGAUGUCUACUUAUCGUGCCUUUAUCAUUUCUGUGCAAUGAACUCGAAUUUGUUACUUUAUUUUUUAUAAAUUAUAAUAGUGGUUUAUUAUAAUUUAUAAUAGUGAGAUUGUAGAACUAUUUAAAAAUGGCAUGGACACGCUAUCAAUGUAUUUUAGCAGCACUAAUGGUUGUUACUGGGUCUUUCAAUACUUUAUCUGUAAAAUAUGCAGAUCAACAAGUUGUACCAGAUGAAAAUGGUCAACCUAGGCAUUUUAAUCAUCCUUUUAUGCAAUCAUCUUUCAUGUUUAUUGGAGAGAUGAUGUGUCUUUUAGUAUUUAAAGUCCUUUAUCAUUAUUAUAGUCGCAGAGGAGAUAAUUCUGUGGACAGCAAUCCGUUAACUAAAGGCUCACAUGUAUUUAAUCCUUUUAUUCUACUGAUUCCUGCCUUAUGUGAUACAUGUGCUACUUCUAUUAUGUAUGUCGGCUUGAAUAUGACAUAUGCUAGUAGUUUUCAAAUGUUUCGUGGUGCUGUUAUAAUAUUCACUGCUGUGCUCUCAAUGGGUUUUCUUAAUAAAAAACUGGUUAGUAGGGAAUGGUUAGGUAUAGUAAUGGUUAUAAUUGGUUUAGUUCUCGUUGGGCUUAGUGACAUAACUAUGGAAAAAUCAGAUGUCAGCACAAAUUCUAUUUUAACUGGAGAUUUACUUAUCAUAUGUGCACAGGUAAUAAUUGCUGUUCAAAUGGUCAUAGAAGAAAAGUUCAUAGCAGGGCAAAAUAUACCAGCGUUGCAAGCAGUUGGCUGGGAAGGUAUAUUUGGAUUCAUUACUAUAUGCAUUAUAAUGAUUCCCCUUAACUUUAUACAUGUCCCACCUCCUUUUGCUGACAAUUCGCAAGGAACCCUUGAAGCUACUAAAGAUGCAUUUAUCCAGAUUGGAAAUAGUGGUUAUUUACUGAUGGCUAUAGUUGGUAUAUCAUUCAGCAUAGCUUUCUUUAACUUUGCUGGUAUUAGUAUUACCAAAGAAAUUGGUGCUACAACAAGGAUGAUAUUAGAUAGUGUUCGAACAAUUAUCAUAUGGGCUUUCUCUUUAGCAUUUAGAUGGCAAGCCUUCCAUUAUUUACAGCUCAUUGGAUUCAUUGUACUACUCAUUGGAAUGUGUUGUUAUAACAACGUUAUUAUUCCUCAACUAUUAAGAAAAUGUAGAUAUCGUUUAGGCCGUCAUAAACCACCACCAACUGAUCGUGAGCGAAUUAUUAAUACAGCAGCAGAUGAUAUUCCAGAAACGCAAUAA